GUAUAUAUAGAGAGUCGUAGGUAUACCCAUAGACUGUCCCAAAAGGCUACAACUUCAUAUGAUAUAUCACAACGUAAAAGCCAAAUGAGAAACCGAAUAGAAGAAAAGUUCCUCGAAUUCUACGAGAGUUGGAUAUUUCAACUCGAGCAAUAUCUUCAUCAACUCUUAAUUGCUCAUAACAACAUCAACACUAUGAGUGAGAUCGAGCUUCGAGGUUUGAUCUCGAAGCUCACUACACAUCACAAAGCUUACUACACAGCGAAAUGGGCAGCCAUUGGAGAAGACGUUUUGGCCUUCUUCGGACCGGUUUGGCUGAACCCGUUAGAGAAAUCUUGUUUUUGGUUAACCGGAUGGAAACCUUCGACGGCGUUUCGGAUGCUUGAUAGGUUGAGGAAGUCGUGGAGGCCGACGGUGGUGCUUGCGGAGGCUCAGGUGAGGAGGUUGGAGGAGCUGCGAGUUAAGAUCAGGUUCGACGAAGAAAGAAUUGAGACAGAGAUGGAGCGAUAUCAGGUGGCUAUGGCUGAUAGGAAAAUGGUGGAGCUGGCGAGACUUGGAUGUCAUGUGGGUGGAGCAGAAGGAGAAUCUGCAGUGUUGGUCGAGGCGGCGGUGAAGGGAUUAGCGACCAGGCUAGAGAAGAUGGUGAAGGCGGCAGAUUGUGUGCGGCUGAAAACGCUUAAGGGUAUUUUAGACGUUUUAGCUCCGCCCCAGUGUGUUGAGUUUUUGGCAGCGGCUGCUGCGUUUCAGGUUCAGUUACGUCGGUGGGGAAACGAAAGGCAUAAUGUCACUCACUCCUAUGGUUCCUGACACAUACAUAAGUACUGUUGUUUCUUCCUUUCCAUGUACCUGUUUUUUUUUUUUUUUCAUAUAUAUGAACGAAUGAAAAUGUAAUUCCAUUU